AUAAAGUGUAGUCCUAUUUUAAAAGUACAGCACGAUGUUCUUGGUGCGGUUGAUGGUUAUUUCUUUAUUCAACUAUUUUGUUUACAUUGAAUGUCAGCAUCCAGACUACGUCCUUCCGAACAAUGUAAAACCCUUGCGAUACACCAUUACAAUUCGUUUAGUUAACAUCACUAAUUUCAUGGGCAACGUGGUGAUCGAACUGGAAGCAAAGGAAGAGUCCUCUAACAUAACUUUACAUUCGAAAAAUAUUGAAAUUGAUGAAAACCUUGUUUCGGUAGUCUCUGAAAAUGGAGAAGAAAUUCGACGAAAUUACACAGCGGUUGAUACAGAAAAAGACUUUUAUAUUAUCGCAUUCAAUGAAAACCUUACUCAAGGAAAGAGGUACAAUUUAACAAUCAAGGAUUUUACAGGCUCGCUAAAAGAGACAAAGUCGGGUUUUUUUUCUGCAAAAUAUUUGGAUGUAAACGGAACUGAGAAACACUUCGUUAUGACUGAAUUCGAACCAUCUGGAAUCAGAAAGGCGUUUCCUUGUUUUGAUCAACCCAAUUUAAAAGCAACGUUCAUUAUGAAAAUGAUUAGACCUUCCCAUUUACAUUCUGCAUUUAAUACACCCCUCGUAGAAACAAUUGACUUGGAAAACGGGUAUAAAAUGGACGUUUUUAAAGAAACACCUAUCAUGCCAACAUACAUUGUGGCAUUUAUAGUGUCAGGUUUUCAGUAUACAAAAUCAAAUGGAAUAUUUCGCAUUUUGGCAGAGGCUCGACACACUCAGGAUGGCAGUACAGAUUUUGUACUGGGAGAAUCUACCAAAAUAUUAAAAUCCCUAGAAGCGUACACGGAAAUACAGUAUCCUCUAGACAAAAUCGACAUGAUCGCCGUACCCGCUCAUUAUUACUUAGAUGGCGCUAUGGAAAACUGGGGGUUGAUUGUGUUUAGCGAAAAAUACUUAUUGUGUCCAAAAAGUUACUCACACAAAGAUAUACAAAAUUGUUUGACCUUCACUACCCAUGAAAUUGCUCAUCAGUGGUUUGGAAACUUAGCAACACAAAGGUCUUGGAAUUAUCUAUGGCUGAGUGAAGGAUUUGCUUCCUACUUCCAGUACUAUAUUGCAGAUAUGGUCGAACCAUCUUGGCGAAUAAUGGAGCAGUAUGUACUGGAGGAAUAUGAAGUCAGUCUCGGAGAUGACCUAGAAUAUCCCAACGAAAGUGUAGAUUUCGUAUAUACUUCACCGGAUUCAUACCCAAAUCCCAACAUUUACUAUAGAAAAGCAUCUGCUAUUAUCCGAAUGACUCAGCAUAUAUUAACUGACGAAAUUCAUCGUAACGGUUUAAGGAUUUAUUUGAAAAAUAAUAAGUUUAAAAACACUGAACCUGUAGAUGUUUUUAACUCGUAUCAACAAGCAGUAGAAAAUGCCAAUGCUACUCACUUGUUGGGCAACAUGACUGUGCACGAGAUAUUGAGAACAUGGACUAAACAUCCUGGAUAUCCAAUUGUAACAGUGACAAGAGAUUAUGAAAAUGGGAAAGUGACAUUUUCCCAAAAACUGUAUGGCACAGAUGGAGAUGAAGAAAACAGGCUGUGGCAUAUUCCAAUAACGUACGCAUUGGAAAGCAACGAAAAUUACUUUAAUUUUAAUAAAACAACCACUGAUAUCUGGUUAUCGGGAGAAAAUAUUACUAUAGACAUAGGUACAAAUGAAGGAUGGAUUUUGGUGAACAAACAUGCAACAGGGUACUACCGAAUAGCAUACGAUGACAAAAAUUGGGAGCGACUCAUAACUUACUUGCGCAGUGAAAAUUAUUACAAGAUCCCACCGGUAAACCGUGCGCGUCUGUUGUACGAUGCUGUAACACUGGAUAUGGCAAACCCAUUCAAUAAAGAACUCCUUUUUAACUUAUCAUUAUACAUGCAACAAGAAGUUGACUACAUACCGAUAAGUGCGUUUGUAGAAAUAUUGACACGUGUAGAUAUAUGGACAGUGGAACAGGAGGAGUUUAGUGUAGUACAGAAAUAUAUAGGGAAAAUGCUUGCUGUAGCUUACAAACGCAUCAAUUCCAUACCGAAAGAAAACCAAACACAUGUAGACGGAUUAUGCAGAGACGUACUAGAAAGGAUAAUGUGCUCAAUAGAACAUGAAGAUUGCGUUAAAAAAACAAAGGAAGCAUUAUCCAGUUGGAUGGAUACUGGUGAACUUACUAUUAGUGCAAGUUUAAUGAAAGAUUCGUUAUGCGCCGUUAUGAAAAGUGCACCUAUCAGUUUGUGGGAAUUUUUACUUAAACAGUAUUUUCGAAGCACCGACGAAGCUUCUAAGCAGACUUAUAUGUACGCAUUGGCAUGUAGUAAAAAUACCUCUAUCCAACAACUGUUUUUAAAGACGUUAUUUGAUUUAAAUAACACCGUGUCAGUCGAGGAUAGAAUAGUUGGCCUUACUGAAAUAUCUUCCACCCUUCAAGGAGCGGAAUUACUUAUAAAGUACAUUGAAACUGUCGACGUUGAUGACAGGUACUGCGCUUACUUUUCGGGCAGGAUGGAAUUAUUCAUUCCGCUACGUGCAGCUCAAAUAGAAGGAGCAGCACGCUCAUCGCAAGAAAGAUGUCUUCCUAUUGCUUUUUUCAAGCACGACGAGGAAGCAGGAGGUUUAAUAAAGUGGUUGGAUCAAUGGAAUAAAAAAUACGCUUUCUUCUGACAAUUGUAAGUGUCUUGUCCGAAGAAUUUCUUCGAUACAAUGUAGGCACACGCAAGGAGUAGUUUGUGAAUUUAAUAAACAAAAUUAAU